AUGCUCCAUCUGCACAUGCAACUCAUCCACAAUCUGAUCUCAUCUGCAACCCUUGUCAUGGUAUGCCUGACAGUCUCGCCUCCGCCCCAGCUGUCGGACCCUAGGCCGCGCGUAAGGCGGACCGGACUGCGCCGAGCUGAAGAAUAUGUCAGCGAUCGUAUUCUCAUCAACCUUUCGCGGAGUGACACGAAUAUCAGCGAGUCUGACUGUUUCGUAUUCUCGGUGUGGCAGAGAUGA